AUGUGUUCGGUGACGUUCAUUAGCUAAAGUUAGCCUCGUUGUUGUGCUAAGUUGCUAACCAAAGUAUUCAACACCUUAAUAACACACGACUGUGGCAGUCACAAUUGCUCAUAGGAACGACAUUGUUACCCGUGUCACUUAAGUAGUUUUGAUCUCUUUUGACCUAAAUAAAAUGAUCAGUGUGGUUGUAGCCAAGCAGUCUAGUCAGCUCCCUCCUAGCGAAAAGACAAAGAACUUACUUUUUAAUGGUGCCAAGGCUGUGGUGGACAAAAUAUGGUCCGCCGACGAGAAGACCAACGACCCUCAGCCAACUGGACACGAGACUGCUGAAAGCAGCCAGACUCUCUUGAGAGGACAGACUUUGAUAGGAACUGACGGAAGACUGACAAAAGCGACCAGAACACAAGGGCCGCCUCCAACAGGCUGCUGCGUGUGUCAGAAGAGCACAUUAUGCCGGACAUCUUGUUCGCAGUGCGAGCGACUUGCAUGCUCCUCCUGCAGCCGACAGUGCUCCAACUGCUCAAACAUCUGCUGUUCUGUCUGCACCGUCAUAGAUUACAGUGGCCGUUACGAUGAAGUACUCUGCUGCAGUUGUUCCACAUAAUGGAAGUCCAGGUCACAGAUGAUUUUAUGCUUGGAUAUGCAGUAUCCUCACUUAAUUAAAUACUCAGAGUGCAUUUUUUAUUACCAUAAUUGUCUUUUUUUUUUUUUUUCUUGUGAUCUA